AUGGACUUAAAGCUAAAACAAAGUGUUAUACUCGGAUAUUCGGAUAUAAAUAAUGCAGGUUUUUAUGUAGUUUCUGGAGUUGAGGAAACGUGUAUCGUUGAGCAACAAACGUAUCAUUUCAAUAUUACGAACGAAAAUACAAGUAAUGUCGACGACGAAGGAAAAAAACUUGAAAUAAAAAUAGAUAAUACCAAGGACUUAAGCUUCGUGAAAAUACAAGAGUUACCACCUCAAAAUAAGAUAAUAUAUUUAGCAGACGCGUUAAUCAAUCAAUUUUGUCAAAAUGAAGUAACCGAUGUGAUAAUAGUAUCAUCGAUAAACUUCUCGGUAAAUGACGAAGGUGUAUAUUUGGGUUGUAUACCAGAUAGUGAAGAGAUAAAAAAUGAUGAAAAGUUAAGAAAGUUGCCAUCAACUCUCAAAUUGCGGGAUCACUUCUUUAACACAAUGAUCACACUGCUGAAAGUUGAAAAAAUUCGUACAAGAUGCUUGAUAUUUCCCGGAAAAAAGAUAGGUGCAAGAGAAAGAAAAUCGAACAGUAGCUAUGUUUAUGAGGUUGGGAUUCUAAGAUUAUUAGUUGAGGGUCUAAAAGCAAUUGUGCCCGAUGUUGAAAUUUCAAUGGAUAAAGUAUUGGAUACCAAAGUUAAGAAAGAGUCUUUUGAUGAUAUAUAUGAUGACAAAAAAGAUAC